AUGUUGAACUCCACUUUCGUCUCUCAUGGUGUCGGUGACCACAGCGGUGUAAACCAUCUCUCGUGUCCCCUUGUUACACAAGGCAGGCCACCAAUGCUACACAGGGUCAAGAAGAAGAGAAACCAGCCUGGAAACCCAGGUCUUCCUCCCUCUCCUUCCACCUCUCUCUCUCUCUCUCUCUCUCUCUCUCUCUCUGUCUCGUGAUUUCAUUCUUCCUCAAGAUUGAUGGUAGGUUUUCUGUAAUAACUUUGUUUUUUUCUGAUUCCAAGUUUUCAUUUGUUUAUUUUGGUUGACUUGGUUUUAGACCCAGAAGCGGAAGUCGUAGCUCUUUCCCCGAGAACCCUAAUGGCGACUAACAGGUUCCUCUGCGAGAUCUGCGGGAAGGGCUUUCAGAGGGAUCAGAACCUGCAGCUACAUCGGAGGGGCCAUAACUUACCAUGGAAGCUCAAGCAGAGGGACGGCAACGGAGCCGCAAGGAAGAAGGUGUACGUGUGCCCCGAGGAGACCUGCACUCAUCACCACCCCUCAAGGGCCCUCGGUGAUUUGACCGGAAUUAAGAAGCAUUUCUGGAGGAAGCACGGGGAGAAGAGAUGGUCCUGCAUCAAGUGCACGAAGAAGUACGCUGUCAUGUCUGACUGGAAAGCCCACUUCAAGACCUGCGGAACGCGUGAGUACAAAUGUAGCUGUGGAGCCAACUUCUCACGGUCCGUUUCUACGCCUUUCGUACAUCGUAAACCUUGUUUACCAUUUUGUUUCCUAUUCUCCUUUCUGGUAUUCGAUACUUUGUUUCAUUAUUUUUGCUUCCUGGGGAUCGGAGAAGAUCUCUGAUAACUGUGAUUAUGGUUCCUUGCUCUUGUUUCCCUUCAGGACGAUAAAAAGAUUCGUUCUGGUGAUCCACAACUAUUUUCAUUUUCCUAUUCAUGAAGAAUUAUUUAUAAUGUCAUUAUUCGCCCUUCUGUUUUUCCCGAUUUUAGGGUUUACCGUCGAAUCCGUGGAAGAGACAGGCCUUUCGGUCGAUGGGAGUCCCUCCUUUUCCUAUUUCAGGAGGAAGUCGGCUACCUCGAGAGCUAGAUUUUUUCCAGCGACCACUGGGGUCGAAGACUUUAGACAGUGGAGUGAUAGUCUGAAGCGUCUCUUUCCCAUACUAUCCAUCAUCUGGUUCCUCAUUCUAUGCAUAAUGUCCAUGUUCUAUGUACUGAGAGUCUCACUUCGCGAUUCCUCAUUUUUGCCGUACUCCGACUUGGCUUCUGCUUUCGAAGAGAUUCCAUCGUUUUCUGUCUUUUUCCGUCCGAGUUAUUCGCCACUCUUCUCGAUCAUCUUUCUACGAUAUAAACCCCUUUGGAUUUGGUAAUCGGCUCUCGUGGUCUGCAUGGGCUUGCCUCUGACACCUAAUGAUGGAUGGUUCAGUGGGCGCAUCCCUUUGCAGAACGUAUGAGAAGAAAACUUGGUAACCCUCAGUCAGCUGAUGGCCCUGCCUCUCCAUGCUGGUCCUGUUGGGUGGGCCACUUCUCGGUUGGAAAGGGAAAGCUGAAGGUCUUUCGUGGCUUCUCUUCUCGCCGAUCAGAGUUAAUCUGAUAUCUGUGUCUCGUUUUUGACUGAAUCUUUCCUCAAGAAGAAAUAGAAGCAAGCGGCCCGAGUGAGUGUGAGGUUGCGCUGUUCGGAUCUGCUUUCAGUUUUCUGGCUGAAAGGCAUGCUCGAGUUCUUCACCCCGAGCACAAAAUAUUUCUCAGGACUUAUUUUAAUUAUUCUGUUUCUUACAUAAUUUGUUUCCGAUACGCUCACAAGGCCAGGUUUUCUCUUUUCCUUGAAGGAAGGACAGCUUCGCCACCCACCGAGCUUUCUGCGAAGCGCUGGCAGAGGAGAGCGCAAGAUUCACGGCGUCGCUGGUUGCGGCAGCCGGCGCCGGCGCCGCCACUGAGGCUCCGGCCGACGUCACUCCUGCUGGUAUCACACCACUCUUCCCUACUCAGCAGGAGCAGCAGCAGCAGCAGGAGCAGGACCAACUCUCGGAACUGCUGCCCUUUCCAUGCUGGGAUGGGCCAAUCCGAAAUCCUAACCCUUGCCUCGUCCCCACCCGUGGCAACCCCCAGAUGGGGGCUCUACCCUUCAUUCUCGAAGACAACCAAGUUCCCAGCAGCAGCAUCGCCAACGCGCCGUUCCUGUCCGCCGCCGCCCUUCUCCAAGAGGCUGAAACGGUUGGCCAACUGGUAAACUGCACCAGUACCCACACUGGAGAGAGAUUAAACAUGGAAGGCAUGCCCCCAUGGCAGAGGAGCGAGUCCCAGCUGACCAGGGAUUUUCUGGGGGUGACCAGUGAGCCUGAGUUGGAUCUGCUCUCCAUCAUUGACGCCGGCGGCCUUGGUGGUGGGGCAGACUUCAUGGUCUCUCCCCCGCCGCCACCUUUGACGGCAGCAUCAAGUGACCGCGUCAGUCUUUCCACCAAUGUCACUUCUGCAAUGAGACCUGGAGCACCAGUGGGGUUUGGAUUCCACAACCAUUCCGCCGCUGCCGCAACCCCCGCCACAGCCGCCAACGUGGCAUGGUGGGAAGUAAGAAACUAG